AGGGUUCAGAACCUCCAAAACCCAUAUGUAGACCUCCAGGGCCAUAGAAACAUUGGAAGCCAGAAACAUUGGACAAUCAGGAGAAAACCUAACAUUUUCAAUAUUCAAAAACCACUCGUGAAAGUGGUUGAUGUAGAGAACCCUGAAUUCACUGAAGAACUUUGUAAUUUCUGGACUAAUCUGUGUUGUCGUUCUGGUGUACACAAGGAGGGAUCAAUACAUAUCUGGGGCCUGGAGGGAAUGUACCUGGGGGCCUCGGAGGCCAUUUUGUGUGGCUCUGACUCACCCUGACUCUCCCGUGAAGGGGAAAGGAGGAAACAUCACACCAGGUGUGGCCAGCCUUUGGCCAUUGCUGUGAAUCCCCAAGAGUUACUGCAGUCCCUUCCCAAUUACUCAUUUUUGCCUUAGCUGUGGUUCAGCCAAGACUUCUGGCUCAAGGAAAGCUGUUAAAAGACGAGACAGGAUGAGGCGGGAAGAGGAGGAAGAGGAGGGAACCAGGAUGAAGGCAAAAGGAGACCUUGAGAUGAAGGAGGAAGAGGCAAUCAGUGAGAAGGGAGAACCGGUUGGCCCUUUCGCGAGCGCCAUGCCCACCUCUCUGCCAAACAACAAGGGGUCCCGGUUUUCUGAGGUUUGGGAAUAUUUCCACCUGGCCCCUGUUCGUGUUGGCCACCACCCCAACCAAUAUGCCACCUGCCGCCUGUGUGGCAGGCAGGUGAGCCGCGGCCCGGGGGUUAACGUGGGCACCACAGCCUUGUGGAAACAUCUGAAGAGCAUGCAUAGAGAGGAGCUGGAGAAGACUGGCCAUGGUCAGGUGGGGCAGCGCAAGGACUCCAGGUCCCAGGGGCCCCAGCUCCCCAUGGGUAUUGAGGGUGAAUGGGCCCGGCUCCUGGAACAGCUGGGGACCCUGGCUUUGUGGGCCAGCCAAAGGGAAAAGGAGGUGCUUAGGAGGGAGAGGGCAGUGGAAUGGCGGGAGAGAGCAGUAGAAAGGAGAGAGCGAGCCCUGGAAGAGGUAGAAAGGGCCAUCCUGGAGAUGAAGUGGAAGGUGAGAGCUGAGAAGGAAGCCUGUCGGAGGGAGCAAGAGCAGCCUGCAGCAGCUCAUCCUUUCCAUUUUGUUUAAAUCAGCCUGGGAGGUAUCUAUUCUGAAGACACAGACUUCAGGCUCCCAGCAAAGAGCCACUUUAGCUUAAAUAUAAAGUAUUUUGUUUUUAAGAGAAAGAGUGCAUAAUAGGAGUUAAUCUCAGCAGUUCUCAAUUGACCAAAUACUUCUACAGGGCCCCUGAAGGCUGUCCUGAUCAAAACCUCAAAAUGUAUUAACUGAAGAUCAAUGUUGUUUUGCUACCAUGGGUCUGUGAGUUUGGGUGCAGAAUGGACCAUACUGUCAGUGGUGAUGAGUGAAAAUAAUGGGAUUUAUGCCUAGCACUUGGUUUGCGGAGCUGAGGGUUCUGAUAGUUGAGGUUGGCC